AUGUUUAGAAGACUAGUACCGCGUACUGCUAGCUCUGUGCUCGUCAGGCCUACCGCACGGCUGUUCUCCGUGUCGACUGCUGCUGAGGCGGCGCACGGUGUGAAGAGGCUUGGAGUUAUUGGUGCUGGCCAGAUGGGUCUAGGAAUUGCACUCGUAGCUGCAAAGGUGGCCGAGGUGCCCGUCACGAUUAUCGACAGCAAUCCAGCGUCGAUCCAGAAGUCGCUCGGCUUUAUGAACACCCUCCUCGAAAAAGAUGUCAAAAAGUCCCGCAUCACCGCCGACGCCGCCUCCAAAAUCAAAUCCCGUAUUACAACAUCCACAGACCUCUCCGCACUACACGACUCCGACUUCAUCAUCGAAGCCGUCCCUGAAAUCCUCUCCCUCAAACUCGACAUCUUCUCCCGUCUCCCCGCUCUCGCCCCUUCUGACGCCAUCCUCGCCACCAACACCUCCAGCCUCUCAAUCACCAAGCUCGCCGCCGCCGCCGGCCCCGCCGCUGCCCACCGCGUCCUCAGCACCCACUUCAUGAACCCCGUCCCCAUCCAGUCCGGCGUCGAAAUCAUCACUGCGCUCCAAACCUCGCCCGAAACCCUCUCCCGCGCCCUCGCCUUCGUCACCGCAAUGGGCAAGACGCCCUCCACAUCCCGCGACACCCCCGGCUUCAUCGCGAACCGCAUCCUCAUGCCGUACAUCAACGAGGCGGUCAUGUGUCUCGAGACCGGCGUGGCCACGCGUGAUGAUAUUGACGGCAUUAUGAAGAACGGUACGGGAGUGCCGAUGGGCCCGCUGAUGUUGGCGGAUUUUAUCGGUUUGGAUACGUGUUUGGCGAUCAUGAAGGUGCUGGCGGAUGAGACGGGUGACUCGAAGUAUAGGCCGGCGGUGAUGCUGGGGAGGAUGGUGGAUGCCGGUUGGCUGGGAAAGAAGUCUGGGAAGGGAUUUUAUGACUAUUAG